UCUUUUGUGACUUGAAGUCACAGGACAAAGCACAAGCACUAAGCCUUACAGUCAGAGAGGAAACACAGCUGAAGAGUGUGGACGGCACAGCAGGGAGAGCGGAAAGGGAACCCUGGUGCCAGUGGAAGGAGGGGAGACAGGUGGGGCAGAGGUCCCCAGGACCAUGGCUGAGUCUGUCACCUACGCGGACCUGCGGUUUGUGAAGGCUCCUCUGAAGAAGAGAAUCUCCAGCCAUUUGGGGCAGGAUCCAGAGGCUGACGAUGACGGGGAACUCACCUAUGAGAAUGUCCAAGUGGCCCCGAUCUCAGGGGGAGCGUCAAGCCUGGCUUCCUCUGGACCAGGAGACAAAGCUGGUCUUCAGUCCCAGCCGCCAACUGCGCCUUGGAGCCCCGUGACGUCAUCGGCAGCCAGGCGUCUCUUGGUCUGCCGUUCAGCCUUCUCGAAAUACCUCCUGGGCCUGCUCCUCACCUGCCUGCUGUUAGGGAUGGCUGCUGUCUCCCUGGGAGUGCGCUAUCUGCAGGUGUCUCAGCAGCUCCAGCACAUGAACAGGGUUCUGGAAGCCACUAACAGCAGUUUGAGGCAGCAGCUCCACCUGAAGAUCUCCCAGCUGGGGCAGAGGGAACAGGAUCUGCAGGGGUCCAGGAAGGAGCUGGCCCAGAGUCUGGAAGCACUACAGGUGGAACAGAAGGAUUGCCAGGCUGUGAAGGAGCAGUUACAGGCCUGCCAGUCCGACGGCACGGCAACAAAGGAGACCUUGCAAAGGGAGGAGGAACAGAGGAGGACGCUGGAGGAGAGGCUGAAUAGCAUGCGGGACACACUGAGACCCUUCUUCACAGGCACACCAGACACCUGCUGUCCCGUGGGAUGGUCCCUGAUGGAGAAGAAAUGCUUUCACAUCUCACUUGUUAAGAGAAGUUGGGAGGAGAGCAAAAGCUAUUGUAAUACUCUGUCCUCCAGCCUGGCCACAGUUAGUGAAUAUGACUAUUAUGCAGGUUAUCAUUAUCGGCAGGGCAGCUUAUCUAAGGUGUUGGAAGAAGUUCCUCAGCCUGAUUCAUAUUGGAUUGACAUCAAGUUAAAGGACCAGAGAUGGGUGGAUGGCAAAAGAGGCCAUGGGUAUAAUUCUCAAAACCAACAAUGUCCCAGGGUACACUACAAGACACGAUACAGAUGGACAGGAUACCAGGAGUGUACUAGUUCCCUUCCCUGCGUCUGUGAGAGGGAAGUUGUUAAGUGUCCAGAUCAGAUCUGAGCUAAAUACAGCAGCAGGAGCCUGUGCCCCUCGUCCCUGACUUGUAGGCACGAGUCCUCUGAUGAUCUCCCUCCAGCGUUCCCGCGCUCUGCGGGGACAGUGCCUGGCCAAGGACUGAUGUAGCCCAACACUUCCAAGCAGCCUGCUGCCUGCUUGAAAUCCUGCCCCAGAAACUGGACUAUUCCUGGGAAAAGGGUGCAGAAACCUCUAGAAGAGAUUUUGGCCUCCUCAAGAACCUCCCAUAGUGGAAUGGGGGGGUCAGGGGAGGAGGGCGCAUGGCCUGAGUGGAUAGGGGCAGCCCGGAGCCAGCCAGGCAGUUUUAUUGAAAUAUUUUUAAAUAA